AUGUUUCGUAUAUUCAUUCUUCUAUAUGGUCUUUCACUGACCCAAGCGUACAAAGUGAAGGUUUCAGGAAAAUUUUCAUUAGGAAACGAUCUUGCCAGGGCCUUCAAUGAAUUGUGCACCCAAUUGGUCGACAAGGGAAUUGUACCCCAAGAGGUGGUAGAUAACAUUAUGAACAAAGAAAAGGACCAGGAAGAUUCUGAGGACAAAGAAAAUCAGGAGCAAAAGGCACCACUUUGGGAUAGACACGAAGAUGGUGCACAGAAUUACGAUGACAAAACAAAAAAGGUCAAGAGAAAAGAUAAGGCGACACAGGACGAUAAUGCUCCCGUGUUGGACAAAAUGUUGCAGAACAAUGCAGAAAAGAUGCAUUUGUACGGCUACCAUAAGCAACCGAGCAAUAAGCCCGAAGAUUUUACUGGGAAACCUUUGAAUAAUGUACAUGUGUAACUUUUUGGAGAAAUAAAUUGUUUCUGUGAGC